AACAUAUCUAUUUUUACCGUCGGGAACAACUAUUUUUUUUUUUUUCUUGUUUGUUUCUACCAAACAAAUUUUGUGAUUAAAGAUGGAGGCACCCAUUAAACAUUAUAACCGUGCCGAAUACAUUGAAACCGACACUGGAAACAAAGUCAGCAGAAAGUCUGUCAUUUGUGGAAGUCAAAAUAUAAUUCUAGGUGGAAAAACCAUUAUUCAAACAGACUGUGUUAUUCGUGGCGAUUUAAGAAGAACAGGUGGAGGUCAUGCCGUUGUAAUUGCAAUCGGUAGAUACUGUUUGCUCUCACAAAGUUCAAUCAUUCGACCUCCUUACAAGACCUACAAAGGCAUUUUCAGUUACUAUCCAAUGAAAAUUGGAGAUCAUGUUACCAUUGGCGAGGGAAGUAUUGUGGAAGCAGCUACAAUUGGAUCCCACGUCAAUAUUGGCAAGAAUUGUAUCAUUGGACGAUUUGCCAUUAUAAAGGACUGUUGUUGUAUCACGGAUAAUACCAUCAUCCCACCAAAUACCGUGGUACCUUCAUUCAGUGUCUAUUCUGGUUCACCAGGAAAAUAUCAAGAUGAAUUACCAGAAUGCACUCAAGAGCUUUAUGAAAACAAGACUAAAGAUUAUUAUGCAAAAUUCACACCUAAAGAUUAAUACCCCCCCCCCCCCCAGCACCUUCAAAAUCUCAGUUUAUUAUUAUACACUAAUAAAUUUGUAUAGAGAAAUAGAUUUAAUACGUAUGCUUUGCUUUUGAACAUAAACAUAAAACAAAGCUGCACUUGAUGUAUGCUACAGUGUAGAACAUUCGUGGCUGGUAAUUUUAAAUUCGUC